CGAGACUCGUAUUUCUGAGGAAGCUUUAUACAAUUCAUUGUUGUAGCUAUCGCGGCAGCAGUGCCUUCAGUAAAAUAGCAGCCUCAAUUUCAGGCUUCGCCCUUUCAGGAUUUCCAGUUCUUGUGAGAUCGCAACGAAACGCAGGACAAUGCAGACAAAAUGGCGGAGGCAUAUGGCGGCGUUAAUUGUCAGUUGCGCUCUCCAGAUGGCGACACAUGGCUCGCAAGCCGUUGAUUCAGGUGCAAUACGUGUGACUGUACGGCAAGGGGUCAUGAGAGGGAAGACUAUGACAUCUGCGAAGGGCAGGACUUUCUACUCCUUCCAGGGAAUCCCUUACGCGAAGCCGCCAACCGGAUUGCUAAGGUUCAGAGAAACUCAGACACCAACCUCGUGGGAAGGCGAACUGGACGCUACAAAACCCGGGCCUAAGUGCAUACAGCUCUCCAUUUUCGUCACUGGUAGCGAGGACUGCCUCUAUCUCAACGUUUUCACGCCGCAGCUUCCGCAACAAAAUGGAAGCCACAGUAAACAAAAUGGCGACCUCCUGGAUGUGAUGUGCUGGAUUCAUGGAGGGUUGUUUUAUUCCGGUUCAGCACAGAAUUAUCCCCCAGACUUCCUUAUGGAUAAGAACGUUGUUUUAGUGACCUUUAAUUAUAGAUUAGGUGUAUACGGAUUUCUGAGUACCGGAGACGAUGAAUCCCCAGGGAAUUAUGGGUUGAAGGACCAGAGGGCGGCACUGAUGUGGGUGCAGGAAAACAUCGCAGUAUUUGGGGGGAAUCCCAAAAGUGUCACGCUCUUUGGAGAAAGCUCAGGAGCCACAUGUGUUCACUGUCACAUGCUCUCUCCGUUCACCGAAGGUUUGUUCCACCGCGCUAUUUCCAUGGCUGGAACUGCCAUCAGCCCCUGGGCGAGUUGCCCUGACCCUCUGAGUAUGGCUCAGGAACAGGCCAAGCUCGUCAACUGCUCCACUGCCAACACGUCGACCAUUGUCGCCUGUCUCAAGGACACCGAUCCCGUGCUACUGGUCAAGACAUAUCCUUCCGAACCGCUCUUUGCGCGUAACAGGGUGUUCACUCCCUGCCCGGAACAGCAGUCGUUUCGCAACCCUGAGCCGUUUCUUCCCGGAGACCCGCUGGAUCUGAUACGGGCAGGCAAAUUCAAAAAGAUACCAUGGAUCGUGGGCGCCAACAGCCAAGAUGCGUCAACGUUUAUAGUUCCCAUUUUGAAUCUGAACCGUUUACGCGCCCGUUGGAACAAGAACUUCGAACAGUUCACGAAAAGUUUCCUGUUCCUGCCUAAGAAACUGACGAAAGUUCAAGCCGAUGGCGUGUACGAGAAGUUUAUAGAUUUCUAUCUUAACGGAACCAGGAACCUGUCUCAACAGGACGCUUAUCAGAUUAUAGAGGGGUUCUCGGACCGACACUUCAUACAUCCGGUGAAGAAAUCCGUGGAUCUGCAUCUUUCGGUGGGACAUGAAAAAAUAUUCUGGUAUAACUUAGCGUAUAGAGGGUUUUAUUCAACGACUUACCUGACGUCACUCCGAAACUACGGAGUGGGUCACGUUGAUGAAAGGAGGUACAUUUUUCCGAUGUCCUUCUUCUGGCCAUAUUCAGAAAAUGACAAGGAGGUCAGCGAACUUAUCCUCAACCUGUGGACAAACUUCGCAAAAUUCGAAAACCCGACACCCGCGAACAAACCCCCUGACAGCAGCCGUCUCCUAGACAAAAUCACCUGGUUCACAGCCAGGGACGUCGGCCCAGAGAACAUGCACACCCGGUACUUCAACAUCGGGCAAGUUAUCCUGGGAUCUCCCACCGAAUUCCUGAACGAAAACCUGGGACCCGUCAAGAUCAAUAUGGCUGAGGAUCUGGACAAGGAACGCAUGGAUUUCUGGGACUCUUUGCCAUUAAAUGAGAACUGAAAUUUGGAGAUUAAUUCAUGGAUAUGUUUUUGUAUCACUUUACUCGUAUGUGAUUUCCGAGAUUAGACAAUAAAACAAACCGCGAAUAACAGGUUUUUCUCUUCUCC